AUGCAGACCAUCCCCGCUUCGACCCGGGUUCUGUCCAACCAACCCCGUUCAAUCCGCAUGUUCGGAAGCGGGUCCCAGGUCGCGUCCGGCCCCGCGGGCGUCGCCCUUCGCCGGGCGGCGGUCAUCGUCGACUCCAGGAGCCGACGCGGCAUCCGCGGCCGCGUGGUGACCCGCGCCGCGCAGAGACCCGAGCCCCCGCGCGCGUUCUCCACGGAUCUCUCCGACAACCAGAACCUCGAGAGCCUGAUGGAGCGCGAGGCGCAGCCCGCCGUGCAGACCGAGGCCGACCUCAAGCAGAAGCAGGCGGAGGCGCGGGCGAACCAGCCCGAUAACAACUACCCCGUCACCACCGGCCAGCUCAUCGGCAGCACCCCGCUCCUGGACCUCUCGCAGUACUCGCUCAACGAGAAGGUUAAGAUCUUCGCCAAGUGCGAGUACCUCAACCCUUCCGGUUCCAUCAAGGACAGGAUCGCCCAGCACAUCAUCGGUCAGGCCGAGGCGAGCGGCGAGUUAAAGCCCGGGAUGACCGUCGUCGCCGCCACGAGCGGCAACACCGGCGCGGCGAUCGCGAUGGCGUGCGCACUUCGCGGGUACGAUUACAUCGUCAUCACCAACGAGAAGACGUCGAAGGAGAAGGUGGAUGCCAUGAGGGCGUACGGCGGCGAGGUCAUCGUCUCGCCCUCGGGCGUCGCUCCCGAUCACCCGGACCACUACCAGAACAUUGAGAACCGCCUGUGCGCCGAGAACCCCGGCACGUACUACGGCGUGGAUCAGUACAACAACCCGUACAACGCUGAAGCGUACGAGGCUACGCUGGGUCCGGAAAUUUGGCGACAGACUUCGGGCGACGUGACGCACUUUGUCGCCGGCGGAAGUACCGGCGGCACGGUCAGCGGCACCGGGCGCUACCUCAAGAGCGAGAACGCGGACGUCCGCGUGGUCAUGGCGGACCCCAAGGGUUCCGUCUUUUGGGACCACGUCGUCAAGGGGGUCUCCGCCGACGACGUGUGCGUUUCCAAGAGUUGGGAGAUGGAGGGUGUCGGAAAGGACUCCAUCCCGGGUUGCUUCGACAUCAACGUCAUCGACGGCAUGGUGCGCGGUAACGACGAGGACGCGUUCGCCAUGUGCCGCGAGGUGGCCGCCAACGACGGCCUUCUCCUCGGCGGAUCCGCGGGCCUUAACCUCCACGCCGCUCGCGUCCUCUCCGGCGAGGUUGACGACGGCUCCGUCAUCGUAACCGUCUUCCCCGACAACGGCGUCAAGUACCUCUCCAAGAUUUACAACGACAGCUGGCUCGAGUCCAAGGGUCUGGAGGGCGCCGCCGAAGGGAACGGCGCGGUGUCCCCCGACGUCGACGAGAAGGAGCACGACUCGAGGAUACACUGGAAGCCCGAGAUUGUCACCAGGCAGGAGCAAGCCGCCGCCGCCGCCGCCGCCGCCGCCGCCGCCGUCGAAGGCCACCACCUCCUCACCGAGGAACAGACGGAAGCCGAGCUGAAGUUCCUGGAAGACAUCGCCCCUAAGCUCGUGCGGUACCACCGCGAAUCCAUCGGCGGCGCCGAGCGCGUGCACUCGCGACUUCAGAGCCCGGAUGAUCUCGCCGAGACGUUCGCCGCCGCGGGGGUGCCCCUGGACCUGGCGGAUGGCGCCCCGGUGGACGAACUCGCCCUCGACGCCGCGGUUCAGGCCGUCAUGGACAACAGCGUCCGAUCCUCGCACCCGCUCUUCCUCAACCAGCUCUACUCUGGCGUCGACCCCGUCGCCCUCGCCGGAGAUUGGCUCGCGUCUGCGCUCAACGCCAACGUGCACACCUUCGAGGUUGCGCCGGUGCUCACCGAGAUUGAAAAGGCGGUGCUCGCAAAGACGGCGAGGAUGUGGCUCCAACCCACGCUCGGCUCCGCGGCCCAAACCCCGUCGCACGACGGGCUCAUCGUCCCCGGCGGAUCGCUCGCGAACAUGUACUCGCUGCUCCUCGCGCGGGAUCGCGUCGACCCGGACGCGCGCAACCGGGGAACGACCAUGGAGCUCGUCGCCUUUUGCAGCGAACAGUCGCACUACUCGUUCCGAAAGUCCGCGAUGGUCAUGGGCAUCGGUAUGGACAACAUGGUCAAGGUGAAGUGCGACGCCGACGGCGCCAUGAUCGCCGAGGAGCUCGAGAAGGAGGUGCUCGCCGCGAAGGCACGCGGCGCCGUGCCCUUCUACGUGGGCACAACCGCGGGUAGCACCGUGCUCGGCGCCUUUGACGACUAUCACGGCUGCGCGGAUGUGUGCAAGCGGCACGGACUGUGGAUGCACGUCGACGGCGCGUGGGGCGGCGCCGCCGCCCUGAGCCCCGCGCGAAGGUCGGUCCUGGACGGCUUCGAGAAGGCGGACUCGUUCUGCUGGAACCCGCACAAGAUGCUGGGUCUGCCCCUGCAGUGCAGCAUCUUCGUCACGAAGCAGCCCGGGUCCCUGGCCAAGGCCAACGCGGCCAAGGCUGACUACCUGUUCCAGCCCGAUAAGAACAACGCGGGCGCGGAUCUCGGCGACCGCACCAUCCAGUGCGGCCGCAAGGCUGACGCGCUCAAGAUCUGGCUCAGCUGGAAGCACCGCGGCGAUAAGGGCUGGUCCGACAUGGUGGACAGGUCCUUCGGACUCGCCGAGGAGGUUGAGCGAAUGAUUCUCGAGCGGGAAAAUCGCGACGGGUCCUUUGUCCUCGCCGCUCACGCUCAGUGCGCCAACGUCGGUUUCUGGUACGUUCCCCCCAGGCUUCGACCCUUCAAGCACGCGGGGGCGUCGGCGAACCAGCUCACGGAGAUUGGCUUCGUCGCGCCCAAGCUGAAGGAUCGCAUGCAGCGGGAGGGCGACGCCAUGAUUGGCUUUCAGCCAAUCGAUUCCAUGAACUUGCCCAACUUUUUCCGCCUCGUGCUGCCCAACAGCCGCCACCUCUCUAAGCAGAUGCUGAGCGACAUGCUGGACCGCAUGGACGAGAUGGGCAAGAACCUUUGA